CACACACAGAGGGAGCGUAGCUGAGAGGCAAGGACUGCAGCAGCAUGCACCAACCGCGGCUGAGCUGUUCAGGGACUCGAGGAAGGGGGAACUGAGGAGAGAAAAUAGUGUGCUGUCUCACACCAGCCUGCGUGUGCACAUUUGCAGCGGUGGGAAUGAUGCAUUUCGAGAGCAGAUAGCUUAUGUUAUCCGGCCUCCUCUGCACUGCCUCUGCAUCCCAUUCACCCUGCUCCUCCCACUCCAACUCUUCCUCCUCCUCCUGUCUACAGCAUCAUUAGACUACAGAUUGACCGGGGGCUGGCGAGUGGUGGACGGUCAGGCUUUUGCCCCGGCUGAAGGAUCCUUCCGUGGCUAUGCUACAUCUACAGCUUCCCUGACGGCUGGAUUGUAACCGAUUCUUCGAGCCAGAAGAUAACCGACGGCCCGCGAGGAAUCUUGGAUGUGUGUGUCAUUCUUUACUAGUGUUGUCAUUGGCGCAUUUCCUCUUUUUCGCUGGUUGUUUUCGCUUUCUCUGAGACUGGCUAGCAGGCACUGCAGCAUCAGGACCGCAAGACCCGUGAAGUGGUAGGGCAUGAGGACCCAGGGGCGACCCAAAGGAAGGGCUUGAGUGCUUCCAUUGCUACCACUGCUGCUGAGCUGAGUGAUUGGGACAGCGGGUGGAAGAGAAGAUGCUUAUGGCCCGAGACACGGCGCGGGAUGAGGCUCAAAAGCUACACAGGAAGUGGCUGAAGCACCAGGCCUUUAUGGCAGAACUGGCCCGCAAUAAGGAAUGGCUGGCAAAGAUAGAACAGGAGGGUCAGGAGCUGAUACAGGAGAAGCCGGAGCUGCGUUCGGUCGUGCAGCAGAAGCUGGAGGAGAUCAGGGAGUGCUGGUCCGACCUGGAGACCACAACCAAGGCCAAGGCCCGAGCGCUCUUCGAAAACAACAAGCCCGAGCCGGCCGUGAAGAGCUACUCCGACAUCGACAACCAGCUCUCCCACCUGGAGCAGCAGCCCCCCCAGCUGGAACAGGCGCACCACCUGCCCACCUUCAAUGAGCAGCUCCAGAAAUUCCAGGCCAUGGAGUCUCAGAUAGGAGACUUCUACAAGGAUGUGGGAGAGCUGGGAAGCUUGCAGGGGCUCUGCCUGCCCCAGCGAGGGCUGAUGGCGGGUGACAAGGAAGGCGGGGAGCAGUCAGGCGUGGUGGAGACCCGCAUUGUCCGCCUCAUUGAGCCCCUGAAGGAGAGGCGCCGCAUCCUACUGGCUUCCAAAGAGAUGCACCAGGUCGCCCAGGACCUGGAGGAUGAGAUACUGUGGAUUCAGGAGAGGCUUCCCUUGGCCUCCUGUAAGGACUAUGGGAAUAACCUCCAGAGUGUGCAGCAGCAUGUAAAAAAGAAUCAGGCACUCCAAAGGGAGCUGACGGGGCGGCGGGCUCGUGUUGAGGAGGUUCUAGACCGGGCGGGAAUCAUCGCUUCGCUGAGGACUCCUGAGGUGGAGUUCGUGCGCGAGGGGGCGGGGCACGUACGCCAGCUGUGGGAGGUUUUGCAGCUGGAGACGGAGAGGAGGGCUGUGAUGCUGGACGCUGUGCUACAGGCUCAGCAGUACUACAGCGAGGCAGCUAAAGUGGAGUCCUGGCUGUCGGGGCAGAAGCUCCAACUGCUCAAUGAAGAAAAAGGCACAGACGAGGCGAGCACCCUGCAGCUGCUGAAGACUCACCUGGCUCUGGAGCAAACGGUGGAGACAUAUGCAGAAACAGUAGGGAUGCUGUCUCAGCAAUGCCAGCGUCUUCUGGAGCUGGGACACCCAGAGAGUGAGCAGAUCACCAAGCAGCAGUCGCACAUAGACCGGCUGUACGUGUCUCUGAAGGACAUGGUGGAGCACAGGAAGACCAAGCUGGAGCAGCAGUACUGGCUCUAUCAGCUUAACAAGGAGGUGGAAGAGUUAGAGAAGUGGAUCACGGAGCGGGAGGCGGUUGCCAGUUCCACCGAGCUGGGCCAGGACCUUGAGGAUGUCACGGUGCUUCAGGAGAAGUUCACCAAGUUUGCCUCAGAAACCAACAGCGUUGGCCAGCAGCGCAUGGAGCAGGUGAACAAGAUGGUGAACGAGAUGAUCGACUGCGGCCACUCGGACGCUGCCACCAUUGCUGAGUGGAAGGACGGACUGAACGAGUCGUGGGCCGACCUCCUGGAGCUGAUGGAGACGCGCAGGCAGAUGCUGGCGGCGUCCCACCAGCUGCACAAGUUCUUCACCGACUGCAAAGAGGUCUUGGCUCAGAUCGCGGGGAAGAUGAAGCAGCUGCCAGAGGUGAGGGCGUGCCAAGCCAACAUCACCAAUCCAGCCACCCUGCAGAGACUCAUGCACUCCUUUGAGCAUGCCCUUCAACUGCUAGUUGCCCAGGUGAGGCAGCUACAGGAGAACGCCGCCCAGCUGAGGACCAUCUACGCUGGAGAGAAGGCCGAGGCCAUCAUGGUCAAGGAGCAGGAAGUGAUGGGGGCGUGGAAGGAGCUGCUGAGCUCCUGCGAGGCCAGUCGCGUCCAGGUGACUUCAGUAACCGACAAGGUGCAGUUCUUCUCUGUGGUGCGUGAAAACCUAAUGUGGAUGGAAGGCAUCAUGGGCCAGAUAGGCUGGGAUGAGCCAAGGGAUUUGACAGCUCUGGAGGUGAUGAUGAAACAACACCAGGAGCUGAAAGUCAAAAUAGAUGGCCGCAGCAAGACCAUACAGCAAUGUGCCGAUCUCGGCAAGAUCCUGAUAGCUGCAGGAAACCCUGCAUCAGAGGAGAUAAAAGAGAAGUUGGACAGUCUUCUGAAUAAGCAGAAGGAUCUUGUUGAGAAAUGGGACAAACAUCAGGAGAGGUUACAGCGCAAGCAGGAAAACUUCCAGUUUGCCCAAGAGACGGUAAAGGCGGAAGCCUGGCUGAAGGCCAAGGAGCCGCUGAUUGCCUCCAAGCAGCAAGAGGGAGGAGAGGCCCGAACCCAAACCGACGAGGUCGAACAGCUCAUCCUUCGCCACGAGGCGUUCCGGAAGGCUGCUGUAACCUGGAAAGAACGCUUCAGCUCCCUUCGCCAGCUCUCCGCAGCCGAGAAGAAAAAAGAGGAGGAGAAAAAGUCAACCCCGCUCUCCAGUCGAAGGAUGUUCCCAUUAUCUUGCCUGACUCCCUGUGUUCCAUCAACCAGCGCUACCUCUCCCUUCUUGAGGCAAACCUUACAGGCUCAUGUAGAGCCCAAACCCUUACAGAGCAGUUUGGAUCUGGGUGCCACCUCUACAGCCCAGCGAUUGUCUUCGACGCUAGCCAGCUACAACCCAGUCAUCAAUGGAUCAGGCUACCACGGACUGGAGCAACAGUGCAGUGGGAAGUUAGCAAGCACCUCGUACCUUGGGAUGAACCACCAGGCAGCUGGAGGUGGAAGUGACUCUCUUUUCUCAGCGAUAACCUCCCAGAGCGGCGGAGCAGACACCUCUCCUUACCUUGGAAUAAACCAUCAAACUGCUGGUAGCGCAGAGAGCUCCGGGUACUUUGGACUCAGCACUGGGUGUGUGGGUGGUAUGCAGAACCAGUUAGGCACUGGCAGGUUAGGAAGUUCAGGAAACCUAGCUCAGCAGCCAAACAGCGGAGGUUUGGGAGGCACUGCCUUUCAGCCUCAACAGAAUAUGGGAAGUUCUGGAUAUUUGGCACAGUCACAGAAUAUGGGAAGCUCUGGAUAUUUGGGACAGCAGACUAAUUUAGGGAGUUCAGGAUAUUUGGCCCAACAGCCUAAUAUGGGGAGUUCUGGGUAUUUGGCACAACAGCUCAAUAUGGGGAGUUCUGGGUAUUUGGCACAACAGCCUAAUAUGGGGAGUUCUGGGUAUUUGGCACAACAGCCUAAUAUGGGGAGCUCUGGGUAUUUGGCGCAACAGCCUAAUAUGGGGAGCUCUGGGUAUUUGGCACAACAGCCUAAUAUGGGGAGCUCUGGAUACCUGGCUCAGAACUAUCAGGGCGGCAGCGGCGGAAUGGGUAGCUCGAGCUAUCUGGCACAAAAUCAUUACAGCAGCGGAAGUCUGGGCAGUUCUGGUUUUCUGGCACAGAGCGGCGGCAUCAUGGACCCCAAAAUGGCGUACGCAUGGCAGCACCUGAAAGCUGACUUCAUGCAGCCCAGGAUCAACCACAUCCACAAGGCUGUGAACCCCCUCCUCGAAGCCAGCAGAGUGCAGCGGGAGCAAUUUGGAGACAUCCCAAUGGCGGACACGGUGGGGCCCGAGUCGGGGCUGGAGCUCCUCCACGGCCGCCUCCAGAGGGACCCGCGCGGCAGCCGCUCGGACCCUCAGAUGGACCAUCUGAGGCGAGAGAGGGAGUACAAGCUGGGUAGGCAGACCUCCAGUGAACAGGAAAUCCAAGCCAGGCUCAACGAGCUGCCGCUGAUCGUGCGGCAGGAGCGCUACCGGAGGCGCCUGGAGAGGCAGUCGUCUAGCGAGCAGGAGGGGAACGGCAAGCCCAGGAUCCAGAGGCAGGACUCGAGUGACCUGGAGGGCUCCGUGAAGGAGGGCUCUGACAAACGCUCAGGGGAGAAGAGAUCAACCAUGGCAGAGAUUGUAGAACAGGUCCAGGAGAGAGAGGCAGCAACUGCACGGGGAGAGCCUUAUCGCCCUCCCAGCAGCCUCUCGGCGCCCGUGACCCGCUUCGACGGCCGUCCUCGGGCACGAGACCGCCCCAAGCCGAGGAGGAGGCCUCGUCCAAAAGAGCCCGAAGAAACCCGCCGCUCCCGGUCAGCCCCAGCAACCGGGGCCCCGACGACACCCCAGCCGCCUUCACACACUGCCCAUAACGAAGGCUUCCUCUACCGCAAAAAGGCCACCAGCUCUGACCUUGAAGCUCAGCAGAGGAGCCCAAACAGCAAGUCCUGGGUGAACGUAUAUUGUGUCCUGAAAGAGGGAAUGUUGACCUUCUAUAAAGAUGCUAGGAACCUGAGCACAACGUACAAUGGAGAGCCUUCGGUUGACCUUAGUAACUGCUCAUUUGACCCUUCACUGGGAUACAAGAAGAAGAAAAAUGUCUUCAUUCUGAAAUUCAGCGAUGGGAACAACUUCGUAUUCCAUGCAAAAGAUGAGGAGGACCUGAAGGCUUGGACUUCAAAUAUCACCACCUGUCUAGAGGAGCACGAGGCCAUGGCCAAGUGGGACAAACCGGGCACCUCGUCCAUGGACCCCGACCGCUCGGAGCGGAAGGAGAAGUCGGAGGGGGACGCGGACGCCAGGUCAGAGAGGUCCGAGCUGGCGGAGGGGGAGGAGAGGUCCGAGAAGGAGAGGUCAGAGAAAGGCGACGGCUCCGAGAAGCUAGACACGUCUGAAAUCGCUGACAAGUUGGAGGGCGGGGCGGGGGGCUCCAGCACGUCUGGAAAAAGCAAAUGAGGAGCCCUUUUUGUGUUUUAAUUUACUCACUGACAAAAAAAAAUCCCAAAAAAAAAAAAAUCAUUGGAGGCAGUGGGUGGGAGGGAUGGAUGGAGAGCAUGUGCAGUUAAGUUUGCAGAUCCUCAGUCACAGAGCUGGGACACGCUGAGGCCACAGUCCUUGGACUGAUUAUUGUAACUGUGACAGACUAAUCUCUCAGCCCCUCCCCUUCACCCAGGCAAUACAUCAGUGCUUGCAUUGUGCCACCUGCUGGUAGAUCGGAGGUCGGCCGAGACAGACAGACAAGACAGACAGACGGACUCCAACAAAUGGUCCCAGGAAUUAGUCACUGUCACGUCCCAUCGUUGAUCGUUUAAUCUCUUGGAUUCACAGCAUCUUUCUGUAUGUAUCUUUGACUGAUAAUGUAAUGCUCUGUCUCUCUAGACAAACCAGAGAAGUGGUGAAUGAAAUGUUUCACAAUAUUAAAAAAAAAACAAAAAAACAAAACAAACAAACAAAAAAAAAACAACAAAACAGUUUUUUGAAGCAAUAUACUUUUUUAUUUUUUUCUCUUUGUUAGAGAGAGAACUGGGGGCAAGGAAACAAGAAAUAAUGUAAGAAACAAAUGUAAACUCUAUGAUUUGUCACAUCCACGUAAGCUUACUCCAGGCAGUUGUGCACCUUAGACACUUGACACAUCUGUAUACUAACCAUACUGACAUUUAAUCCAAUCACAUGGCUAGCUUUGAAUCAUGUUAAUAUAUGGAAUGCUGGUGUUUCCACCUGACCUCAUUCUCGUCAACAAACACACAUUUCUACGGUUUAUUUUCAGUUUUAUUAUUAUCAUUAUUAUUAUUAUUAUUAUUUGUCCACAAUGAUCCAUGUCAAGAGAAAAUCUAAUCCAUUAACCCAAGGUGUGUUCAAAGUGGCAAUGCUCAGAGUAACACUGAACCUAUGUGACACAAUGCCUUUGUAUACAUGACAAAAAUCAGAACAUUGCAUGAAAUAGUCUAUUAGUGCACCUGUUAAACUUGCCUUUAUUUUUAUGUUCUUGACAUAGGUUGGGCAGUAUUGAAAAUGCAAUAAUUUAAUGUGUGAGUGCGUGUGUGGUGGUGGUGGUGGUGGUGGUGUUCUCAUGGUCCACUUCUGAAAAUGCAGAGGUAAGUUUGACAAAGGGAGGUCGUCCCACAGUAAGCAUGAGAAGAAGGGAGGGUUCGUACCAGAUAAAUGACUACUCCUUCAUCUGUAACAUGAGUUAAGAAGCCAAGUGCCCCCCCCCUGCUGUCCGUACUGUGUUACUGCAACUCACUCACUUUCCACAGAAUGUACUGAUUUCAGCUGUGAAAUGUUCAAACGCCCCAAAUUGUAAAACCUCGGAGCAGUUCUCUGAGAGUCAGACCUCUCCGUCCAAACUCUUUGUCUUUCAUUUGAAGCUCAAGCCAAUUAAAAUCUCUCUAUCGGAGGCGAGUUAAAUGCAAAACUGUCAUGACUCAGAUCAUGCGUUGUAAAUACCUAUCUUUGUAUGUAUACCAAUAAACGACGUGCUCUAAUAAAACAGUGCUGAAAAUGGGUAAAAUUAAAACAUUUGUAUUAAUCCAAAAAUAAUAAAAAAAAAACAAUCAUCACUCAGAUAUAUUAACGUCUAUCACAUUUAAAUGACAAAAUAUGCAAAUUAGGAAUCACUAUCAAUUAUCAUAGUGUAUAUAUAAGUACACGGUAUCUAGUUGUAUUAAACACCUUUUACCAGGGAAGAGCAGCAGGACAUACUGUAGGUAUGCUUGCUGUAUUUUUAUAUGCCUAUAUUUAUUCAUAUAAGAUCCCGGAGUUGCCCCGCAGCCCCAUAACAACUUGUAAUAAUAGCUGAUUGAGUAGUCAGUGUGUCUGUGGGAGGCGUGCUAAAUUUAUGUAUUACACACAUAACAAACUAAACUAGCCUGGGCAGUUCAGUACAUACUGCAGUGGAUAAUCAAAUUAUUGGUGACUAAAGUAAAGUUCAUUAAGCUGAGAUCACAACGUUGAACAGGCACUGGUCCACUUACUGUUUCUUUUUUUUUUUCUUUUCUCCUGUAUGUCAAUUAUUUUCCCAUGUGUCAGAGUAACUAAAAUAUCUGCAACGUCACGAAAGCGGAGGAGGUAACAGCGAAUCACGCGCAGCGGCCGAGGCUUUCUUUAAAUUUGGGUGUCACAGUGUAUUUUUCCAUUUUCAAUCCUGUUGAAUCGCACCUCAAAUGUGUACAAAUUACUUCUUUACAGUCUUCCUUUCUAAAAAAAAAAAAUAACAAAAAACAAAACUAACGCCAAAAGUCUCUCUCGGAUGCAGCCGCGCCAUUUGACCACUUACUGACUCGAGGAUUGUAGUGACAGCGCGUUGUAUCUGUCUGCAUCGCUCCAGCCUUCGGAUUAGUGUGGCCGGGACAGAUGAGCUGUGUUAUGAUGUGAAUGUUUUCAUUUCUUUCUUUCUUUUGUUCGUCAGUUUCUUUGUUUUUGUUUUUUACAUAAGUGCCAUGUCACGCGGUUUGCUGGAACAGUUGCUCAGAACGCGGUUGGUUCUUUGAACGGGAACGGCGGCUCGUUUGACCCGUCCGACAGUGCUGCCUGUCGUUGCAAUACAUGUUUUUAUCAUUGAAAAAUAGGAGCUAUAGUAUUUUCAUGUGGCUGUAAUUGUUCUGAUUCAUGGCAGAUAUUUAGCCCGCACCACCAUGUGCAUUUUAAGUGUUUGCUUCCCAUCACUUUUAUGAAACACACAGGGGAUAUUUUCCACUAUGUUAUAACAGUAACAGUCGAAAAUUAAAAUAGGCAGCAUAAACCGUGACUGAAGACAAAAAUAUUGUGCAAAACUUUGUUUCCUUGGUCUUACAAGUGUGUAUGUCUUUGUUACUUUACAUUACAACUUGCUGCUAUGACAUUAAAUAAACCUCCAAACUUGCUGACGCAAA